AUGGACGUGCAUCUCUUAACGUACGACCUAUCCCGCGGGCUUGCGCGGCAAAUGUCCCAAGGCAUGCUUGGAUUUCACCUCGAUGCGAUCUAUCACACAUCCAUCCAACUCAACGGACGCGAGUACGUCUACGAUGGUGGCAUCGUUGACAUCACUCCGGGUACAUCUCAUCUGGGCCAGCCUAUGGAGCGUAUCUUCCUUGGAAAGACAGAACUACCCAUGGAGGUCAUUGAAGAGUUCCUAGACUCAUUAAGGCCAAUUUUUACAGCCGAGGCCUACGAUCUCUGGAGACACAACUGCAACAACUUCUCAGACUCAUUUUCUCAGUUCCUGCUUGGGAAAGGCAUCCCAGAACAUAUCAUCAAGAUGCCAGAUGCCGUACUCAGCUCUCCAAUGGGCAGAAUGCUCAUGCCUCAACUCAACCAAGUCAUAAACUCCAACAGACAAAAUGGUUCAAUCCUUGGUAUCCAGAACAACUCAACUCCUCCAGGAUACGGAUCCGCACCACAACCCACAAAACCCCAAUCAAACAUCAGGAUUGUGAGUAGCUCACAGGAGCUAGAUGCAGCCCUUGAAUCAGCGAGAAAGUCUUGCGCUGUGGUUCUCUUCACCUCCGCUACAUGCCCACCUUGCAGGGCCAUCUCACCCAUAUUUGAUGAGGUGUCCGCAGAGGCAGGUAGCAAAGCGACGUUCAUCAAAGUAGACGUGGCCCAAUUGACGCCGCUUCCCGGAAAGGACUAUCCUCGAGCAACUCCGACAUUCAUCACCUAUUUGCAUGGAGAAAAGGAGAAUGAGUGGGCAGGCGCUGAUCCUGCUGCUCUUCGGGGGAACGUCCAGCUCCUGCUACAGAUGGCUUGGCCUCGGCACCCUCAUGAGUCCCUCAAACUACCCAGCUUUUCUAACCCGAACGCAAAGCCGGUAUUGUUCUCAAAAGUACCGCCACUGGCCAAACUUCUGGGCAAGAUGGGUUCGGCAGCAGACGAGUCAGCCGUGCAGGCAACCAAGCAGUUCAUCGAGGCCCGCGAUAAGCAGGGCGCCGCGGCCGCAGUCCUCCCGAACCUAGGCGAAUUCUCGGGAUUCUUGCAAAAAUCAGUGCAGACGUUACCUGUUGAGAUUCUCUUCACCAUCGUCGACUUGUUUAGAUGUGCGCUCGUCGAUGCAAGGUUCAGCGGCUACUUUGCUGAGGAAAAGGGACACACGACCGUUUUGGCAAUCCUUAGACUCGUCAACUCACACAGCGAAUGCCCGUACGCUUUGCGUUUGGUUACACUGCAAAUGGCGUGCAACUUCUUUUCCACGCCUCUCUUCCCGGAGGAAAUACUACGAAACGAGACGUUGAGAGCACCCGUUAUCCAAUUAAUAUCUUCCAGUUUCCUAGACGACAGCCACAACAAUGUUCGUGUUUCCGCUUCGUCCCUCAUGUUCAAUUUGGCGCUUUUCAGCAACAAAGUCAGACGUGAGAAGCCUGGAGACGUGUUGCCAGACGGCGACGCGGUAGAGCUGGCUGCAUCGGUGUUAGAAGCCAUUGGACAAGAGGAGUCUUCGCCAGAGGCACUGCAGGGUAUGCUUCUUGCACUGGGUUACUUGGUCUACUGCACACCAAGUGACAGUGAGGUCUCGGAUUUGCUGAGGGCGAUGGAUGCGGAGGACACGAUUUUGGCCAAGAAGAAGCAAUUCCCAGAUGAGAAGAUCAUCGUAGAGCUAGUGUGGCGUCACUGCCCCGGCAACUCGGCCCCACCAGCUUUCCUCCCAAUUGGGCAACCGAGUAAACAAGCCCGACCGCCUCGAGUUGGGAUGUGGGCUUCGCAACGGCAACGAUACCACGCAAUUUUUGAAGAAUUGAAGCAGACCCUUUGUGGAUUGUCUCUCGAUCAUCGACUGCUACCGCCAGCGGUUUAUGAGAUGCCGGCUCUCUACUCAUCUGCUUCAACCCCGUCUCUGCGGUCGCACGAUGGACCGGUCAGAAUGGACGGGGGAGGCAAUGUUCGUGUCGUUGUCCGAGUGCGGGCGUUUCUGCCCAGAGAAAUCGAGCGUGGUGCCGAGUGCCUAGUGGAGAUGGACCCCAUCACCCAGCAAACGACGCUUCUCGUGCCCAACGACAGCGACCCUGCGAACGCGAAAGCAAAGACGAGAAAGGUUAUCGAAGAAAAGAAUUUUACAUUCGACAAUUCUUUCUGGAGUCAUGAUCUCAGCGACAAGUAUUAUGCCCACCAGGAAGACGUCUACAACAGUCUGGGCGAGGAAUUCCUUGACCACAACUUUGAGGGCUAUCACACAUGCAUCUUCGCCUACGGUCAAACAGGUUCCGGAAAGAGUUAUACGAUGAUGGGAACACCAGACCAGCCGGGCUUGAUUCCUCGAACGUGCGAGGAUCUCUUCGAGCGAAUCGAAUCUGCGCAAAACGAGACGCCCAACAUUUCCUACAACGUCAGGGUGUCAUACUUUGAGGUCUACAAUGAGCACGUCCGGGACCUGCUUGUCCCGGUUGUGGCUAACCAGCCGCCGUACUAUCUCAAAAUCAGGGAGUCGCCAACGGAAGGACCGUACGUCAAGGAUCUGACCGAGGUUCCUGUCCGCAAUCUCAAUGAGAUUUUGCGAUACAUGACGAUGGGAGACAGGUCGAGAACCGUGGCCAGCACCAGAAUGAACGACACGAGUAGUCGCAGUCACGCGGUAUUCACAAUCAUGCUCAAGCAGAUCCACCAUGACAUGGAAACGGACGAGACGACGGAGAGAAGUUCGCGUAUCCGCCUGGUCGAUCUGGCUGGCAGCGAACGUGCCAAGGCGACCGAGGCAACAGGCCAGCGGCUUCGCGAAGGCAGCAACAUCAACAAGUCGCUGACGACCCUUGGCCGAGUGAUAGGAGCGCUCGCCGAUGCCAAGGCGGGUUCGAGAAAGCGCAGCAAAGACGUCGUGCCGUACCGAGACUCAAUUCUCACGUGGCUGUUGAAGGAUUCGCUGGGAGGCAACAGUAAAACGGCAAUGAUUGCUUGCAUCGCGCCGUCGGAUUACGAGGAGACUCUGUCGACGCUUCGCUACGCAGAUCAAGCCAAGCGCAUCCGCACGCGCGCGGUUGUCAACCAAGACCAGAUCUCGUCAGCGGAGCGCGAUGCCCAAAUCGCAGCUAUGGCGGACGAGAUCCGAGCCCUUCAGCUGUCAGUGUCGGAAUCGCGCCGGCGGGAGAAGGAUACCAAGGACCAGGAGGAAAAGCUCGAAGAGUACCAGAACCACGUGGCUACGAUGCAGCGCAUGAUGGAGGAGCGCAGUCUCGUCGCCGAGGGCAAAAUUCGUAGCCUGCAGACAGAGAACGAGGCCUUGCGGCUGCAUCUCAAGCUCGCGCUCGAGAGUCUCAAGAACCCGAUCCCGGCCGUCACGAUCAAGCCGCCGGAGGCCGAGGAAGUGGAGGACGAGGCUCAGAGGGCCAAGUCGGCGGGUCUCGAGGGCAAGGAGGAGAAUGGCGAGGACGCCGAGUCAUUGUACGACGACUCGGACGACACGGCGUACGACUCGGACGUUAUGGAGGAUAAUGCCAGCGACAUGCAGGAGUACAUGCGCAGUCUGCUGAGCGAUCUGGGCAUGUUCCGAAGGAAGAUUGGAGACGACAAAGAACGCUGGGUCGGCGAGGCGCCAUCUGCAGGAAGCAAGAUGAACUUCUAA